CUCUUGUUUCUUGUUUUUGUUGCUUUUCACCCGUUUCGCAAAAUCGAUUGCACCACCCCACGAAAAUCAGCUGGUUUUGCUACAGCUGCUGCUGCUUGUUCGCGCAAUUUAAUCGCGAAAAAAGUGUGUGAUAACAAUGUGCUUCAAGUGAAAUCGUGAUCUCGACAACCAACCUCAAAAUGUCCCGCUGCAUGCUGAGUCCGCUGCGCCUGUACCGGACCAGUUCCGGGCUGCAGCACUAUUUGCCUAACCUGGCCCGUGCUUGCUUGUUUUCAUCGGAUUCCUCCUCGUCAUCGUCUUCGGGAGGUGGAAGCAAUGGCAACGGCAACAACAACAAGAGCUUUGUCCGCAACACGACGAUUCUGGUUCAGCAGGGCUGCGACAUUCAGGAACUUCCGGUGGUGGUGAGAAAGGUGGCGGAGGAUGAGUUUGUAGCGUUGAUUUCGAAUAAGAUCAUUGACUGUCAACCUGCUGCUGCGCAGAAGGAUACGGAGUUGGACGAGAUGGUCAAGACGUUGGAGGCAUGCCACACGGUGCAGGGCGUUUGUCUGGUGACGGACGGGAUUGGGGAGGAGUCGUUUUCGCCGGAUGUGGCUGUGCGGGCGUUGGAAAGGAUUUUGAAGUUGGAGAGUCUGCUGGAGUUGAAGAACUGGGAGGAUAAGCCGUGUUUUGAGAAGAUUAUCAAUUGUAUUGUGUACAGAGGACGGAACGAAACGGUGCUGGAUGUGAUGGACGGAUUGCGGAACUACUUGGAGUUGGCGAAGACGAUUGACAUGCUGGGGAAUGAGUUGGUUUAUCGGUGUUCGGAGAAUAAGCUGAGCGUGGAGCAGUGCUGCGAAGCGAUUGAAAGCUUAACCCAGUGCCGGCGGUUUGAGAUGGUGGAGAAGUUCUGGAGUGGAAUUGCUGACCAGGAGAAGCAGAUUAACGAUAAGAACAUCCAUCUGGUGUUUUCGAUCCUGCCCUAUCUGAAGAUCAGUCGCCGGGCUGUGCUGAACAUCCUGGAGCGUCGAAUUCCAUCCGUCUGGUGGCAAAUGUCCACGGGCUGUACGAUUGAUGUGUUGCAGUCGUUGGAGACAUGUAAAAUGUCGCCCUUUAGAAUUACCCAAACACUUGCCCGUUGGUUGAACACCAACAUUCACGCCGUCAGCGAGGAUCAGCUGGAGGCGGUGCUGGAAUCGUUCACGAAUUUGGGUUUCUCCGACAACCAAAUAGAACGAUCGAUCGAGCGGUACGUGAAGGCCAAAGGCAUCAAGGUGGUGUCGCAGAGCCUGAUCGUGUCGAUUUUGAAGCACUGUCAGACCUUCCGCCUGCGCAAUCCUCACAUCCUGAACGGCUGCAGCGAGUUCUUCAUCGCGAACCACCAGAACCUGGACCCGGGCUACCUGAAGGCAUUCCUCUGCCCGUUCGGCUAUCUCGACUUUCACCCGCUGAACAGCAACAAAUUCUUCGAAACCCUGGACAUGUAUCUGGAUCUCAACUUUAGCAAAAUCCACCCGAACGACAUCAUCCACAUCAUGUUCUGCUACGUUUGCCUCGAACGCUACCCGCUGCCCUUCGUCAACCGGAUCUUCAACCCGUACUUCCUCGACGUUCUGCACGCCCGAACCCGCCCGGAACGCCUCGACCGAGUACGCAGUCUGCUCAAGGUGUUCGACACCAGCCUCACCCUGGAAUGUCCCGACUAUGACGGUCCCCUCCUCCCGCGAGAUCACUCCGCCAAGGCGGUCUUUCACGACGGUCGCAUCAAACGCAUCGUCAACUACAUCAUCCCCGAGCUGGAAGAACUGGCCGGAGGCCCCAACAACAUGACCAAGUUCGCCAUCCUCCAGCACCUCCCCGUCAACGAGCUCUACCUCGUAGACGUAAUCUUUCACCCGCCCGGAAUGGGCAGCAUCUUUUCGCUCAACACCGCCAAAGAGCGCAACAUCAACGUGGCCGUCCUGAUCCACCUGCCCGAGUAUUACAACGCCAGCGGGGAACACCUGAUCGGGCCGCAGGCCAUGCGAAUCCGCCAUCUGCGCCGGCUCGGCCUCAAAGUGGUCACGCUCAAGUUUGACGUGCUGUACAAGCUGAAGGUGCACCCGGCCGAGCUGCGAAAGUAUCUGGUGGAACGGUUGAAGCAGGCGCUGGAAGCGCUUCCGGUGGCCAAGGGGACGGCGGCGGCUGCGGCGUCGACGAAGGAAGAUGGGCCACAGACUGAGCAGUAGAGCGGCGGGUUUUGUUUUGUGAUAAGCACACGUACAAUUUUGACUGGUUAGAAGUUAUUAGCUGGACUUACUAGAAUAUCGUAUAAAUAGUGUUUAAGAGUUGUAAACGGUUGACGACAUUAUUGUGAAAUAAAUCAGAAGCUUGUUCAA